CUCGUGACUCAGACUGCUGCAUGGCAUGGCACAUCUUCUUCCUGUCCACCACCACCAUCAGCACCGCUCUUUGCAUAAUUCGUGCGUGUCGUAGCUGCUUCGCUCCUCGCUUCCCAUUUGCAUAGGCGCCGAAAGUCGACGAUUUCACGCAACACCACCUGUUAUCACACAAGCAUCACUCCAUUCGCCCCAAGCUCCGAGCCAGGAUGGUUCAGACUCGUGGGCAAUCGCGCACACCUAGCAAAAAGGGUGCCAAGGUGGCCUUGAACGGCUCACCCGCGCUUGACCCGGAUACGCCUUCUCCAGCACCUCGCACAUCCUCUCGCGCAGCUCUGCAAAAGCACGGCCAAGAUGUCCUGGCUCCCAAGUCGCAUGAGUACGAGUUUGGAGGACCGAUUGGUGCUUUGGGAGUGACGCUAGCAGUGCCGUUCUUCAGCUACGCCAUGUUCUUUUUCUGCAACGAAAAUGUCGGCUGCAGCGUCACGCCGAAACAUUUGGACUUGAUCUGGAAACAAUUUGGCGUGGGCUUGAAGGAGAGCUUUUUGGAUGUGCAAGGUUGGGCCAUCUACUUUGCUUGGUACGCUUUCGUGGUUCUCUGCUGGGCUGUGCUGCCUGGCAAGUGGGAGAUUGGAACAGAACUCCGCACGGGUGAACGAUUGUCGUACAAGAUCAAUGCAUUUGCGACCCUCGUAGCUUCCUUUGUGGGAGCUGCAGCGAUCAUUUCCUACAAAGGCCCACAAGGCUUCACCUUUCUCUACGACCAUUGGCCAGCACUCGUCAGUGCCUCCAUUGCCAACUCGAUUGGCCAAGCUGUCUAUGUGUAUGCGGCAAGCUAUCGCACCGGACGGCUCUUGGCCAAGGGGGGCAACACUGGCAACUUCCUCUACGACUGGUUCAUUGGAAGAGAGCUCAACCCGCGCAUCGGCAUCUUUGACAUCAAGACCUUCAACGAGCUCAGACCGGGUCUCAUCCUGUGGGCGCUCUUGGACAUCAGCUGCGCUUGCAAGCAAUGGGUCAAGCUGGGCGGACGCAUUACGGACUCUAUGGUACUCGUGGUCGCGUUCCAUGGGUGGUACGUCAUCGAUGCCCUUUUCAAUGAGACGGCAAUCUUGACCCAGAUGGACAUCACUACGGAUGGUUUUGGUUUCAUGCUCUCCGUCGGAGACUUGACCUGGGUGCCAUUCAUCUACAGUCUGCAAGCGCGCUACUUGGCCUUUAUUCCUGUUGAUCUGGGCUACGCAGCCACUGCCGGAAUCCUGUUUGUCAAUGGGCUGGGCUACUGGAUCUUCCGCGACUCGAACGGAGAGAAGAACGAUUUCCGCAACGGCACCAACCCAAAGAAUUUGAAGUUCAUGGAGACAAAGACGGGAAGGAAAUUGUUGACGAGCGGAUGGUGGGGAAGAAGCAGACAUCCGAAUUACAUGGGGGACCUCAUCAUGAGUCUGGCUUGGAGCUUGCCUACCGCUUUCAACACGCCCAUCCCCUACAUGUACCCCGUCUACUUUUUGGUACUCUUGGUGCAUCGUCAGAGGAGAGACGAUGCCGCUUGCAAGGAGAAGUACGGAGCAGACUGGGACAAGUACUGCAAGAUUGUUCCCUGGCGCAUCUUCCCUUACAUUUACUAGGCACGCUCAAAGCUAAGCACGCUCAAAGGAUUGCAAACCUAGCGAUGUACGGCGCUCCGUCAAGCCAAAGUGACACUGGCAGCUCGUUCAUCCCGUGCAAGGCUUGGCUAUCGUCCUCAUGGUCUUGCUGCAUCGAUAAUCUCCUCUCCUCUUCAUACCCCUCCUCCUCGUCGGCACUUCUCGUCCCUCCCUCUCCCUUUCCCUCCCCCAAUUCGCUUCUUGGUGGGGCAACUCUUUUGCUUUCCUUGCUGUUGCACACCCCUCGAUCGACUCGAGUCGAUGUUGCAUCGAGCGCGUGGGUUCGUGAGGCAAACCAGCUCUUGCCCCAUUUCACAUCACGUGAGGAAUAUUCAUCUUGUACAUGCUGUACACCCUACACCGCUUUGUGAAUAUCUGAC